AUGGUCUUGGAGAAGAAACCGGUGCUAGCAGUUAAGGGCGUAUCUGUUUUGUCAACAACACCAGCUACCCAACGACGUCGACCCUCAAAUUCUAAUUGUUCAACAAAUAUAGUGUCACCAUCUACAGAUCAAAAUAUAUCUGCAGAUUCUUCUUUAGUUGAACAACAAAAAAGAAAUAGAGAAAAUGUGGCAGUUGGUGUUGUUAGUCCAAUGUUACAAAAACAUGAAAAUAAUUUUAUAUUAAAUAAUGAUCAGAACAGAACGUUGGACAAUGUUGAUACAAUAAUUGAUAAUACAAUGGGUAUUUCUUUGAUGGAAGAAAAGGAAGAGCCCCUCAAAUUUAAAGAAAAAAUAAAUAAUAAUGAAGAAAAAAAUAAUAAACAAAAAUCUUCUUCUACCUCAACCUCUACUAAUAAUCAGGAAAAUUUAUCAAAAAAAGAUGAAAAGAAAAUUUUAACAAAAAAACCUUCAAAUUUAAAUAGAAUAUUAUUACCGAGUACAUCGACUACAAAAAUUGGGAAAAUUAAAACAAAAGAAAAUAAUUUAAUGACAAAAACGACUAAAAUUUUACCUAAAGGAAAUGAAAAAAUAAUUAGAGAGGAAGAAGAAUGCCCACAAUCUCCUUUAAUGCCUCCACCUCUAGCACCAACAAAAUUAUGUAAUAAUGUGCAAUUGAGGGGUGAAUUACAAGGCAAGUUUAAUGAAAAUUUUAAUUUUUUAAUUUACUAUUGUUUUUUUUAUUUGGGUCUUUUAUAA